AUCCCCUGUACCUACUUGCUUGCACACAAAUUCAUCACUUAUUUUUCUUCUUCUCCUUUUUUUUUUUCCUUCUCUAAUUAAUAAAGACUACGACAUGACGACACCAAUGGCGACAACCUAUAGACAUAUUCUCGUGGUAGGACUUGGAAACCAUACACACCCGGGAACACGCCAUAAUGUAGGAAUGAUGGUUAUCGAUAGUAUUGCAAAACGUUUUAACGCGGAAUGGACGAGGAUGAAUCAGUGGCAAGCAGAGAUUGCCACAUUUGAAACUUCAGUUACAUUUAAGAAGAAGACGCCCAAUUUAAAUCGAGUGCGUGUUUCCCCACAAGGAGUUAAAAAACUACUUGCAGCAGAGGGGACGCUAGCGGAAGCAGAAGAAACAGCAACGGCAGCAGAAGGGACAAUGACGGCAGCCAUAGACCCUUCUAUAUCAGAGAGAAAGAAGCGGCCCCUAGCAGUCCUCACCAAAUUUGAUCUCAAAGUUACUCUCCUAAAGCCAUUGCAGGCGAUGAAUAUCUGUGGAUCAUCAGUCUAUCGUGCAGCUCGUGAUCUAAAGCUCCCUGUUAAGGACAUUAUUGUGGUACAUGAUGACAUGGAACGCGACAUUGGAAAACUAUCAUUUAAAUCGGAGGGAUCAGCGAAUGGACACAAUGGAAUCAAAUCAUGCGUCAAGUCAUUGAAGACUCAACAUUUUAGACGACUCCGUGUGGGUAUUGGUCGACCCGAGAGCAAGCAGCGAGACUCAGAAUUUAUAGCGAGCUAUGUGCUAGGAAAGUUUAGACCUUUUGAGGUAGAACAGUUGGAGAAGUUGGUCUAUGAGAAGGCAGGGGAUGAAAUCAUUCGCAUCUUUACAGCUGAUCCUACUCCACACCCGCAUGUCGAUCCUAAACCUAUUAGAUAA